UACCCCCUUCCUUUCUUUUCCACCGUUUUCCUUCAUUUCUUCUCUCUCUCUCUCUCUCUCUCUCUACUUCCUGUAAGUUCCACCACGAAACUUCUAGAACUGCCAUAACCAACGCCUCCACCUUCUCUUCGAUCUUGACGUCUCGCGUGCGUUUUUCCCAUUGCCGUUAUUGCUUCAGGCUUCAAUCAUGGCGACGGAGCCAGCCGGAGAUUCCGCUUCCGGCGAGUCCCAGAGGUCUUUACCGACGCCGUUUUUGACGAAAACUUAUCAGCUCGUCGACGAUCAAGCCAUCGACGACGUGAUCUCCUGGAACGACGACGGAUCUACCUUCAUCGUCUGGAACCCCACCGUUUUCGCCAGAGAUUUGCUUCCUAAAUAUUUCAAGCACAAUAAUUUCUCCAGCUUCGUUAGACAGCUUAAUACCUAUGGAUUUCGGAAGGUUGUACCCGAUCGGUGGGAAUUCUCGAACGAGUACUUUCGCAGAAGCGAGAAACGGCUUCUGUGCGAAAUUCAACGCAGGAAAAUCGCGACACCGGGGGCGACGCCGUCGGCGGCGGCGACGACGACUACGGUAGCCGUGACGGUGGCGGCGAUUCCCACGGCUAUGCCUAUAAUCUCUCCGUCGAAUUCAGGUGAAGAGCAAGUUAUCUCUUCGAAUUCGUCGCCGACAAGAGGUCCGGCGGAGCUCGUGGACGAGAACGAGAGGCUGAGGAAGGAGAACCUCCAGCUCUCUAAGGAGUUAGCGGAGAUGAAGUCUAUCUGCAGCAAUAUCUUCAGUAUGGUGUCAAAUUACGCCUGCCUCCAAUCGGAGAGCGUUUUUCAGGCGAGGGAGAGCGGUUUUCGGGAGGUUGAACCGCUGGAUUUGAUGCCUGCGAAGCGGUUUAGCGGCGAAGGCGAGGACGCCACGGCGGAGGAGAAAACGAGUCCGAAGCUGUUCGGAGUCACCAUCGGAGCUAAGCGGGCCAGGGAAGGCGGCAACGACAUCGAGCCGGCUGAGGACCAGACGGAUCUGCUUCUUCGGCAGCCAGCUGGAGUGGACGUGAAAUCAGAGCCGUUAGAUGUUGUUCAUCAGGAAAAGCCGUGGUUAAAGCAGCCCCACAGACUUAAUCAGAGGGUCUGUAAUUGAUAACAGUGGUCGGUCCCCCCCCAAAAAAAAGAAAAAAGAAAAAGAUCAAGCAUAGUCUAGAUGGCAGGGCGGUGUAGCUGUAGCCAUUGUAUUCCGGGUCCGUACAAGGAGAGGCACGUGCGCCGAUUUGGUCACGUGCGUCAUUAACCUUUUAGGACUUCUGAUUUUCAAGAGUUUCUCGGUCGCCUACCCUUUUUGCCCUUUUAUAUUAGGAAAAAAAAAACAUUAUUUUCUUUUUCCUCUCUUUUUCUUUCAACCAAUUGUGUAAUUUCAACAAAAGUUUGUGGUGGAAUUAUAAUAGUAUUGAAAACCGUGUUGGGCUGAAGAAACUGAUGGCCCCAGGCCCCCCAGCGCAAGUGUAGGGAGCUAUUGUAUAUUUGUUACAACCAAGUUGGUCCCUUUAGAAGUUUAGUGGUUACUUUUGUUAA